UCAUGUAAUCUGAAGGCAGAAAAUGAAGCGGAAAGGCGGAGGCUAUACUGGGAAGCAGCAGGAGUCUUGCGACGUGUGGCUGGACCCUUCAGCGCUCAAAAGACGCAAGAAUGUUGUCACUAAGUCAGCCUUAACUCUCCUGGGCCAGUACUCUCAUUCUGCUUCAGUAAAUGGGCCUCAUCCAGGCACUAAACAAACCACUAUUUCUACUUUCUUCACUGCUCAGAAAGCAGCAUUUUUUCCCCCUCAGUCACAUAUGUAUCUGGCUCCUGAAGUAAAACAGCUGCACCUGCCUAGGACUGCUAAGCUAUAUAAAGUCUGUGUCGUUGGCCUCUGGCUGAUUCGGAUUCCAUUGUUUUUGGCAGGGGAAAAAAGCACAGACCAAAACGAACAGUUGGUGACCUCGGCGUCAAACAACAUUGUCCAUCUAGAAGACUCUGAACUGCUUAGAGGGAAAAGGACCACAGCCCCGACUUCUGUCCUUCAACCAUCAGGUCUGCAAGACUGCCAAACACGAUCUGCAAAGCUGCCAAACGCCUCCCGCCUUUUCUUUGGCCGUUCUCUCCCUGCUCGAGCCCAGAGCCAGACCAGCACCCUCCGAGUUGCUAGUAGGGAGGAAGACGCCGUAGUAACAAACGGGGAGGCCUUUCUAACUACAGAUCUCAUUCAGCACCUGGGAGUAAAGGGGGGCCUUCAGCCGCCGAUGGUCCCUGUGUCCCCUCUGAAAGAGAAGAAUGGCGGCUGGCGAAUUGAAGAGAGACCCGCUUUGUUCUCUCAGAGAAGCCCAAGUUUUAAAAUAACCCCGAACCAAAGGAGGAGUGCAGGGAAACGGCGCAGAGCCCUCUCCUCUAGGGCAAGCGCUACUUUUGUGGACGACUCUGACUCUGAAAAUAUGGAUCCUGACCCGGAAGAAAACCUACCGGGAGCGACACAUUUGAGGGAUUUCAACCAAGCCACAUCUGGAUUCUGUAGAAACUAUUCGGAGGCCGUUAGCUAUGAGAACAGCUCCCUAGCUUCAACGCAGCGGCUGUUCACACAGGACUCCGAGGGCUACAGAGUAAUUUCGCACCGCUACGGAGAAGACAGCAAACGGUCCUCACCAAAGGAGCUCCUGUGGGGCAAAAGGACCCCCGUAAGAAGCUCCUUCAAUAAUAAGGGCUGCUUUAGAGAUGGUUGGGCUGGAGACCGUAGCCCCCCUGGGUCCCUGGGCAGGAGCGUCUCUCCUCUGACAGAACGGAGUGAAAAGUCAUGUUAUGACUUGCUAUUCACAGAGGAUUCAGAAGGCAAUAAAGUCAUUAAACACUAAAUCGUAAUUGCUCUGUGAGAUAAACUGGGCUCAGUGCCUCCUUACAAAACAAACCUGGCUUAUAUACUGUAUACUGCCUAUGGCUGUGUGUCGCAUACUUAAAUCUGUUUUGCUCAACAUGCUUUCUUCAGAUGUGUGAGCUAAUAAAAGAAAUGGAGGAAUGCAAGCUUAAUCCUGGUGUUCUAGAAAAGCUGCUC